UAUGCAGAUCCGAGUGCGCCCUCGCCGAGUACUGACCUGCGCCUCUUCCAUAGACACUGGCAACUACGGCACUACAUCUCCGCACCCGAGGAGGAUUUACUCUACUACGCCAGCGGCAAAGACGUCUACUGCCUCAACACUUCCACCAAAAAGCGCAAACACAUCACCACCCUACCUUUCGAAGCGAGGUGUACCGCAUCCGGCCAUGGCUGGGUCUGUAUAGGCGGCGAGGACGAUGGACUCUUUGCGGCGAUUAAGCUUUCAGGAGCACUCGAUGUGGACGCGGCGCUGCCGAUUGAGGGAUGGAGGCAAAGCAGUGGGCAUCGGACACCGACCGUGAAAGUUGAGCGGAUUGGAGAGGAAAUCGUCAAUUCGAUCUCGGUACAUCGGAUACAAGAUGAGGAGGCACAUUUGGACGACAUUGUCGCGGUUCUCACGAAUAAUGACAAUACGGUACGGAUAUACAGUUUACCGCAGGGGCUAGAGACGAGGGUGAAGGAUUUGCCAUUCGCGAUCAAUCAUGCGACGAUAUCGCCGGAUGGGACGACAUUGGUGGCGGUGGGAGACUACAACCAGGCAUACUUCUUCACGAGAGAGAUUUUGGACGCGCCGCCGCAAAUACCCAAACCGCAUAAUCGCCUCACGAGCGCGAGUCUGGAUUGGACGUUGACGAAUGUGGUGACGCUACAUUCGAAUGAGUCGACGUGUGGAUAUUUUACAACGGCGUGGUCGCCGAGUGGACAUUUGGUUGCGCUGGGGUCGGAAGGUGGAUAUGUGACGAUUCUGGAUGCGGAUAUACUCGCGGACCCAGAAUGCGAAGAUGACGAGGCGGUGGUGGCAGUGGUUGCGGGAUCGCGGGCUGACUUGUCAGGCCUCCACCCUGGUGCGAUCCGGACGAUGAUGUUCUCCCCGGAGCCAUGGAAUUUGUUCAUAUGGGCGGAGGAUCAGGGGAGGAUAUGUAUAGGGGAUCUGCGAACUGGGUUGAAGAGCAGGCAGGUCAUUAAUUUGGAUCCGAAGGAUGAAUCUCUGGAGAGGUUGGAAGUGGAAGACUUGCCUUCUGAAAAUGCGACACCGAGUGCAGUUCGGGACGAUCUGGACGAGUUGGAUUUGCUGCGGAGGUAUCGAUCACAGGUGACGGAUGGGUAUCCGUCGCCAGUACAUUCUGCGACGGAGUGGAUGGAGGUGAGGAGACGGCAACGAGAGCAGCGUCAGCGACACGAACAGAACGCUUUGCGAAGAUCAUACACCGGCAUUUCGAGCUCGCGUCAUGCGUCUGAUGCUGAAGGCUUGACGAGACGAGAACAGCAGAUAUUGGAAUCAUUGCGAACAUCACGGCAGAGAGAAGAAGCCCGCGCGAAUGGACAAUCGCCGUCGACGACAUAUACCAGCGCGGACAUGUUCAACGCCUCGGGAGAUAUGCCGACCUCAACGACCUCUAGCACUGCAGACCUGCCUCAGCCGAUUUCCGAGAUUCUAGCUUCGGCACAAGAGUCGAUGCCAGCUCUGUCGAGAACGCACGCCGCAACAGAGCGACCACCAUCUUCCCACGCAGCCGAAUCGCCAACCACAUUCGCCCAGGUCCAUUCAAUACCGGAAGCUUCAUGGGCAGCUCGACGGCCCACCUCGAAUUUCCGGCAGCCUGCUCAAUCUUCCCGGACAGCCGCUGAAGACGACGACGAAAACCCUUGGCGCCUCAUCGAAGAGCACAUGCCCGCCCGCGGCCCACUCUUCGAAGGCGCCGCUCGCGCCCGUGCCGCUCCUCCCCUCCCCGAAGAUGACCUCACACCCGAAGAACUCCAAGACGUUGAACGCGAGAUCAUCGCCGAGCGCCGUCUGGCCGCACAACAAGCCCGCACCCGCGAACGAUGGCGAACCUCGCGUCUAGGUGCUGUCAGACAUGAUACGUCGCUCAGACGGGUUCCUGUGAUGAGGUUCUCGGCGAUUGGUGGAGGGAGGGAAAUUGGAGUGAGGACUGCGGGAUUGGCGAUUUCUCCUGAUGGGAGGGUGCUUUGGGCGGCGUGUGAGGAGGGGAUUUUUGAGGUUAAAAUCAAGGUCAAGGGGAGGAUGUUUUGGCCGGCGGUGGAGAUGAGGUGA